UUUUUAAGUCAUUACACGUGCGAAUUCUUUUCGCGUUUUUUCCAAACUACCGAAGCGUAUAUUAUCUUUCAGCGUCGUAGUAUAAAUAUCAACAAUUUAUUGGAUGGAGAUCAAAGUGUUUUUUCGUCCGAACGAAUGACUACUUUCAGCGAGUGAAUUAAAAAAAAUAACCAGAGUUUGAAUCGAAUAAAAGAGGAAAAAAUAAAUUAAUAAAAAAAUACACGAUGAAUCCAGCGUAUGGCCAAUCUAAUUCAUACUGGAGUCCUACUGCAACCGAAUUACAAUAUUCACCAUUGAUGCAAACCAUACCGACAAUGGUCACGUCAACAAUAAAAACAUCUGACACGACAUCGCCUCCAUUAUUUAGACCCUAUAAUCAUUAUCCGCUUAUGGGAAUUAAACCACAUUUUGACAUCCUCAAAAACAAAACACACAAGUCUGCAUUCAAACCAGUCGUAAAAAAAUCAGUGAAUAAAAGCAUUCAAUCAGCCAAAUCUGUGAAAGGGCAUGUAGUUGAAUCGAGCUAUUAUAAUAUGCCAAACGUAAUUUUAGCAAAUGAUAACAAUUGUUUUCGUUAUGGUCAAGCACAAUUUCCCAUUCCAUAUGAACCGCUAAUCGUUAGUAGAGGAUCAAACGGUUUUUCGUCACCCGAGCCUAAACCAACCGUUCCGAAUUCAAGUGUGAAUGAAUCGCAUGACAUUCCAACAAUAGCUUCUGUUAAAACAAGCGAGCCAAAAAUUGUGAAAAAUUUACCCAAACCCAUUGCCGUGUGUCAAAAUAACACCAUCCAUACUUCAAUUGACAAUGCAUAUCAAUGGAAUCCACUUAUACUGUAUCCAUCAGAACCAUUGACAAAAAGUGAAAUGAUUUUACCGCAAAAAAAGUCAUACACUCGCAAACGACGACGAGAAUAUUGUGAUGCUCGACAAUCUUGUAUUGUAAAGGAGAAUGAAGUGCCGAUCAUUGACUUAACAUCAAACGAAGAUGAAUGCACAUCCAAACCGCUAGACAUUAACGGCAAUGAAAUACUAAUAACAACCAACACAAAACCAGUGGAUGUCAUUACAUGCAAAAAAACAAAGGAUUUGAAAUUUAAUAUUUCUGAACAACAACAGCAACAUUUACCGUUGCCAAUGGAAAAAUCAGCAGAAAUAACUUCAAACGUAUUAUCGACGAAGUCAGCUGAAAAGUUAAUGAAUUCACCGAUUUUAAUGACAAAUCUGACACAAAACGGUUGCCGAAUGCCACCGAAAGAGCAACUCAAAUUUGUUAACAAAUACAAUCGGUGGAUGCGAUAUUUUCGUGUUUAUAACGGCUUUCGAUUUUUUGCCCAACAAAAUUAUGCAUACGCACAACAGCAUACAAACAAAACUGAUGACACUGUGUUGAUACAAAGCACGCUUGUAAAGUGGUGGAACGCAUUGCCACCGUUGGGAAAAGAACAAUAUGCAAAAAUGGCCGAAACCAUAUAUCGACACAAACUAUCGACGCAUACCAAUGCAAAUGGCGUCACUACAAAUAUGUCGGCGUCAAUGCCGAUGCUUCCAAUUUCCGAUGAUUCUGACACGAACACAAACACAGCAAACGAUGUACAUGUUAAUCAGAACAAAACUAGCAGUCGGUGUUAAAGCAAACGAUUUUGCGCAUACAACUCAUUCCUUUGGCAGCACACAAGUGCGAUUGAUGCAGAGUUCGUUGACAGAAGAAAGUAUUAAUAAAUAAGAUUUAUAUUGUAAGAAGAGCAAAAACAAUCAAAUCGAAGUAGUUAUAAUUAGUUUUACGUAAAAUAAGUUCCGAAUGAAUUCGAAUUAAAGUGUUGACCAUUGAAAUAAACGAAA